GAUCAGCAGCAAUAUUAAAUGCCGAAUGAAUAACGACUGAACGAAGCCGAUCAUGAGACCUUCCUCAGUUAUCUUUCUUGGCAAAGAUAGCUGAGCAAGGUAAUGGCUGUUGUGGGAUUGUGGACAUUCCUGCCGAUGUGCCAAUCUAUGAUGUGCUGUUUUUCCCGCACAGCUACGGACGCACCGCCCCUCCUAUUCUCGGAUCCAUCACCCCUUCUACACCGGAACGAUGGCGACCAACACCAACGUGACUAUCCACACGUUCGUGUACAAGCACGCCUCGUCGCUGGAUUUGCAGCUCGACCUGCUGCUCCCUAAAGGUGCAGACGCCGCCUCGGCAUCAUCAUGCGCUCCACUGCCCAUCUUCUACUGGCAUCACGGCGGCGGCGCGAUCCAAGGGCGGCGGCAAGCCGUGCCGCCGCACAUGCUGCAUGCGGCCAAUACGCACCGCUUCGCAAUCAUCAGCCCGGACUACCGCCUUGCGCCGCAGGUACGCCUGGACGCCAUCUGCGAGGACCUCGUCGAUGCGUUCCGCUUUGCGGUUGACGAGCUGCCGGCCAAGGCCAAAGGCGUGAAGCUCGACACGCACAACAUACUCGUUAGCGGCAGCUCCGUUGGCGGGUUCUUGGCGCUCUUGGUUGCACUAGGCAUGUGCCCGGCACUUGCGCUCUCCUCGUCAUCAUCUGCAUCGCUGUUGGCGAGGAUCAAGGGCGUACCGAUCAUCUACCCGAUCACGACGUUCGAUGUGCCAUUUUUCCGUGACGCGCAGGAGCCAUUCCUGGGUUACCUCCUAAAGUCGGAAGCGGAGGACUCGGCAUUCAAGACGUUCGUCGAUCCCUCGUCUCCUGUCUGCGCCAACACGGACGCCAGCAGCGGCGAUGUCAAUCCGCUGCGGAACAAGUUCUACAUGUACGCGCAGCAGACGGCGCCCGUCAGUGGGUUCCAGCAGCUCGUAUACGGCGACCAGUUGAUCGAGGCCGGCUGGCUGCAGUCGUCGGACACGGUCGUCUUCCUUCGCAAGAAUGCAGAGGCGAUCAAGCAGGCACUCAGUGGUGGGAGGGGGGCUAGGCUAUACGCGAUACAUGGAGAUGCAGACAAAGCGGUUGACGUCAGCCAGGUGCGCGACCUGGUCGCUGCGGCCACGGAAGCCCGCGUCCCGAUCGAAUACGAGGAGCUCAAGGGGAUCGACCAUAUGUUCGACUAUGACCCGAAAAUCACUCUGGAUGGAUUUUAUGCUUGGUGCGUCAAGGCCUGGGGGCUGUAGUUCACGCUGGAAUGGAAUCAUUCAGAUGUAAAGUUUGUGAUUGCGGAAAGUCAACCGGAGCCUACUUCCGUGGCGUAAGGGGGACAAGGCAUAUGAGCUGGUCACUUCGUCCGCUUCUCGUAUCUCUCGUCCAUGCUGCACAUCCCCGGGCCAUCGCGUAAAGGCGAUCGAUCACAUUCCAUCUGUGCAUGGGGCGACGAAAAUCACUCGUUGGCACAGAGGGAUGGUUGCAGGUUAGUCCGUCGCCAGAUCGUCGUUUUAGAGAAAGUGGAUGCGCAGCUCCCCCGGGUCGGGCAACAGACUACUAGUCGCGUGUCGAGGAAGAGAGUUGCAAGAUCACUGCGCUACUGAUUUUGUAUCUCGCAUCUCGCCGUUCCAUAUUCCAAUG